CCUUCAUCAGGUCUUUCUCAGGCCAGGCUGUCAGCAUCUGCUUUAGUUCUUCAGGAAACAGACACAGUUGAGCUGAGCUGUAAUAAUACUGAAGAGCUGAAGAUGGAGAUGUGUGUCUUCAACAAAUAUGAAAGAGAAAGUGACUCAAAAGUGAGCUCUUCAUGUCAGCUCUCACUCACUGCAUCUCAGAUCAGUGCUUGGUCUGGAGAUCAGAGUUCAUCAGUGAACAUAACCUGCUUCUACACUGUGAGGAAAGGACACAAUCAAACACCAUCUCCUCAGUCUGAUCCAGUGACAGUAACAGUCCAGAUUGUCUCUGCAGCUUCAACACCAACCACCACAGCAUAUACUACUACAACAGCCAUGAAAACAUCAACGUUAACUGUAACACCAACUCCUGCAACCACAACAAACACAGAAUCUGACUUCCAAUCACAGACAGAUUCCAUGAUACAAACCCUGGUUUCAACAAAAACGUCCACUUCAAAAGCUUCACAAACAGACACUAAAUCAUGUAAGUAA